UCUGUUACAGAUUUACCCUUAACGACGGCAGCUUGGGAGGUAUCCUGAAGACGAUGGCCACUUACUUUGUUUCAACAGAAGCAAUCCAUGAGGUGGAAGAAUUUUUCAAGAAAUAUCCCGAGGCAGGAGCGAGUGAAAGGGCACGACAACAGGCUCUUGAAACUGCCAAUAAUAACCUGAAGUGGAUGCAGAAGUACAAAUCAGUAGUUCAGAAGUGGCUUUUGAAACCAUGGCAUAAUUAUCGGCUUCCGCACCAUAUUAAACCCAUUUACUACGACCUUUUGCUUCAUCCCAACUUCACAUCUGAUACUUUCACAGGAGAGGUUACUAUCCUAGUACAUGUUUCUAAGCCCACCAACUACUUCCUGACUCACGUGUAUAAAUUGAAUGUUUCUGAAUCUUCGGUGCGCAGGGAAGCACACAAUACAGAAAAGCUUGAACUAUUGAAAAGUUUCAAGUAUAAACCAAACCAGUUUUGGGUGGUCCUAACCAAAGAUACUCUUCCCACAGGCAACUAUUAUCUGCAUUUCAAGUUUAGUGGAUCACUUUUAGGAGGUUUAAUUGGUUUCUACAAAAGCGUCUAUGUCAAUGGUGAAACAGGAAAAAGAAGAUUUCUGGCUACCUCACAGUUCCAGUCAACCUAUGCCAGACGAGCUUUCCCGUCUUUUGAUGAACCCAACAUUAAGUCUCGUUUUAAAGUAACGUUGAUUCACGAACCUGAUUAUAUUGCCCUUUCUAACAUGCCUCCUGAGAACACAGAAAUGAUGCCCAACGGACUAAAAAAGACCCAUUUUCAAACUACCAUAGACAUGCCAACGUACCUGUUAUGCGUAACUGUUUGCGACUUCAAAAGUAAAAGGACCAUUACACCUGGAGGCACAGAGUUUGGUGUGUAUGCUGCACCUGAUAGAUAUCAGUACUUGGAUUACGCCCUCGAAGUGGGAGUCAAAAUUCUCAAUUAUUUUGAGAAGUAUUUUAAUAUAUCUUAUCCACUACCCAAAAUUGAUAUGAUAGCUCUUCCUGACUUCAACGGUGCUAUGGAGAAUUGGGGAUUAAUAACUUUCAAUGAGAAGUACCUGCUGUAUCGCCCCCAAGAGAGCUCUUCAUAUGACCAGUCACGAAUUGUGACAUUUAUCGCACAUGAAUUAGCACACAUGUGGUUUGGUAACCUGGUAACUAUGGAAUGGUGGACAGACCUGUGGUUAAAUGAGGGAUUUGCUAGUUAUAUUGAAUACAAAGGAACUGAUAUUGCCAGGCCCAGCUGGGAUAUUGAGGAUCAAUUUUUGUUAGAAGAUAUUCAUCGAAUAUUGGAAUCUGACGCAACCAUUACUUCUCACCCUGUUGUCCAAACUGUGAACCACCCUGACGAGAUAUCGGAGCUCUUUGAUGCUAUCUCCUACAGUAAGGGUGCAGUAGUGCUUCGAAUGUUAGAAUUUUUCAUGGGAUCAGAAGAUUUUAAGAAAGGUGUCUCGGCUUACCUCCUUAAACAUAAACUAGGAAACGCGGAGACGGAGGACCUAUGGACAGAAUUAUCGAUGGCAUCUUCGAAGAAUCUUGACAUCUCUCAAAUAAUGAACACGUGGACUGAACAAAUGGGAUAUCCUUACAUCAAUAUCACAAGGGAUAAGGCUAACCCACAAACGUUCCACGUUCAACAACAGCGAUUUCUGAUUAAUCGUGAGAGCGCUGCCGCAGCUGAUGAUGAUUCUCCUUUUGGCUACGUCUGGGAGAUACCAUUAAGUUACCACACCAGUAAAAACAAAAACCCUCAAAUAUAUUGGUUGCGUACGAAUCAAGAGGAAAAACUUGAUAUUGCCUUAGCCGAUGGCGAAGAAGAAUGGUUCAAAUUCAAUGUCAACCAGUUAGGAUUUUACAUGAUAAACUACGAGGAAAAUGACUGGCAGAAGAUUACUGACCUAUUAAAGAAGAAUCAUAAGGUAUGGAGUCCAUCAAAUCGUGCCAAUGUCAUCAGCGAUUCGUUCUUCUUAGCACGUGCAGGAUAUUUGAAAUAUUCUGUUCCUCUUGAACUUUCCAUGUACUUGAAAGAUGAAGCCCACCUUGUGCCUUGGGAAACAACUAAUAUGGUUCUAAGUUACAUAGGUAGACUACUGGAGAACAAUGAAUCAAAAUUCUUGCUGAAGAAGCACAUAAAAUCCUUAACAGCAAACGUCAUAGCCGAACUUGGAUGGAAUGAUAAAAACGAUGAUCACUUGGAAAAACGGACAAGAGUAACCGUUUUGAAUUUAGCAUGCGGAGGAGAAGACGAAGAAUGCCUCAAUAAUGCAACCGAAUUGUUGAAACAAUGGAAAGAGGGGAAGAAUAUUUCUCCAGAUUUGAGAAGUAUCGUGUAUCGGUAUGGGAUAAGCCACAAUAACUCUGAAGAACUCUGGAACUACAUGUGGAAACGAUACUUGAAAGAACAGUCGUCGCACGAACAGAUGCGGAUCCUUCACGCCCUAUCUUGCACGAAAAACGAAAAUAUUCUUCUAAAAUACUUGGAAUUCGCCAAGAACGACAGUAUAAUUCGACGCCAUGACUAUUUUACUGUGUUAAACUCCAUAGCAAAAAAUCCAGUUGGAACAAAUCUAUUGUGGGAAUUUUAUACAAAUGAAUGGGAGUAUCUCGUAAACAGGCUCACAUUAAAUCAGUUAGGAAGAUUGUUGAAGACCAUGUCUAGACGUUUCGCUACGGAAGAAAAGUUAAAACAAAUGAAAGAGUUUUUCCUCACGUACCCAGAAGCUAGAGCAUCAAAGCAAGCCAGAAAAGAAGCGCUAGAAAACGUUAAUAAUAACGUGAAAUGGACAAACCACCAUCUUCCGGAAGUUGUUCAAUGGUUACAAGAAAACUAUGAAGAGCGCACAAACCCCGAAGAUUUCAAAGUUAUAGAAACUGGAAAAAGUGUUUAUUGAAAUUCUACUCGAAAUGUAUUUGUAAAUGAUGGAAGUGCAAUCAGUUAUUUUAGAAAGGAAUUGAAAUAUUUUGUAGUUUAUUAGUUUGAUAUGAUAUUAGGUAUUUUGUAAAUACAUUAAUAUUCAGAGUUAUAAUUGUACAAUUGCGUUUGAAGUAAGGAAAGCAAACCUAAUCUGUAGGUCAUUGACGUUGUCGUGUUUAUAUAAGGUUAUUGUAAUAAAUGUAUUUUUUCACUUAUGUAUGUAUUUAAAAAUGUUUAAAACAAAGAGGGUGUUAUAUCUGAUAAUACAAAAUAAACAAAACUUUUUGUAUGCUA